AUGGAGCGCAGCAUUAUGGGCACGGACGAAAUCCGACGCGCGCUGGUGCGUAUCUCGCACGAGAUACUGGAGCGCAACGGCGGCGUUGACGGCCUAGUGCUGGUCGGCAUACAGACGAGGGGCGUCUGGCUGGCGAAGCGCAUCGCAGCGUUCAUACGGCAAUUCGAGGGCGCGGAUGUGCCGGUGGGCGAGCUGGACGUCGGCCUGUACCGCGACGACAUCGCCGAGCGCGGACGCCCUCUCAUGCACACCAGCAUCCCGUCGGGCGUGCAUGGCCGCUGCGUCAUUCUGGUGGACGAUGUGCUUUACACAGGGCGCACCAUCCGCGCCGCCAUGGACGCGCUGAACGACUUCGGACGCCCGCGAGAGAUUCAGCUCGCAAGCCUGGUGGACAGAGGACACCGCGAGCUGCCCAUUCGUCCAGACUAUGUCGGCAAGAAUGUGCCGACCUCACACGACGAGUCUGUGCAGGUCUAUAUGAGCGAGAUUGACGGCGUCGACAAGAUAGCGCUGCUGAGGGAGGGGGAAUGA